AUGACUCUUCGUUACUUUCCUCUCAUAUCACGACUACAACAGUUAUUCAUGUGCAGCAAGACAUCAACUGACAUGUUAUGGCAUAAACAGGCGUGUAAUAACGAUGGUUUGCUCAGGCAUCCAAGGGAUGCUAAUGCAUGGAAAACGUUUGAUGCAAAGUAUACUAAUUUUUCGAAGGAUCUGCAUAAUGUUCAUACAUCUUUCAUUCUAUCCACGCUUAUUCCUGGGCUGAAAAUGCCAGGUAACGACAUAGAUGUUUACUUGCAGUCUUUGGUAGAUGAGUUAAAGCAAUUAUGGGAUGGCGUUGAAACGUAUGAUGCCAAAGAGGGAAACACUUUCAAGAUGUGUGCGGAACUAAUGUGGGCUAUCAGCGACUUUUUAGAAUUAGGAAACCUAUCUGGCUGGAAUACGCACAGUGGAAAAAAUGUCUGUGACAAUGUGGUCUUCACUAUCUUAAACAAUAGCAGCAAAUCAAAAGACGAUCUUAAAGCUCGCAGAGAUUUACAAUGUAUGGGCAUAAGGCCUGAAUUGUGGUCAGGUGAAGGUGAUAAAUAUUCUUCUGCAAUAUUUGUGAUGUCAAAUUCACAGAGGGAUGUAUUCUUGAAGACUCUGCAGAGUGUGGUCUUUCCAGAUGGCUACUCUAGUAAUGUUGCUCAUUGUGUUGAGUUACGACAGCGCAAGUUGUCUGGGUUGAAAACUCAUGAUUGCCAUAUUCUAAUGGAACAAUUACUCCCGAUUUUGGUGAAGAAUGCACUUUCGAGUCCGGUGUCCAAUGUGAUUCUUACUGACCUUCAGAAUCAUGUUGUGCAAAUCCUGUGUCAAAUGGAAAUGAUUUUUCUUCCAUCUUUCUUCACCGUUAUGGUUCACCUCACGUUGCAUCUCGUUGAUGAGGUAACUCUUGGUGGACCAGUACAUUAUCAGUGGAUGUAUCUAAUAGAAAGGUAUUUAGGACGUUUGAAGCAAUAUGUUCGUAAUAGGGAACAACCAGAAGGCUCAAUUGCAAACGGCUAUUUAUCUGAGGAAAUCCUGACUUUCUGUUCUAGAUAUUUGGAUAAUAUUGAGACUAGAAUCAACCGACCAGGGAGAGUUGAUGAUCAACCCGUUGAUGUUACACAUAGUUUAGGGGAAACUAUGUUCCUAGUUAUUGGAAGGGCAUUAGGGGCUGUUUCGCAUUUCGCACUCACUCCAAUGGAAAAAGAUCAAGCACAUCGUCAUGUGCUAGUCAACUGUGAUACCGUGGUUCCGUUUGUUGAUACAUUUUGGAAAAAGACAAAGCGAAGCUUACAGGAUCAAACAAGGUCGCAAUCUAAGAUAGAUAGUAUUGUGCAUGCGGAAUUUCGUCGUUGGUUCAAGCAUGAGGUUCCAAUAGAAAGUACGCUUCAUUUGAAAGAAAUGAAGUUGCUUGCGUGUAGUCCCAUGAUUCAGGUAAGACGUUUUAGGGCGUACAAUAUUAACGGGUGCAAGUUUAGAACUAUCACAAAGGAAGGCGGGCUGAAAAUCCAAAAUAGUGGAGUAUAUGUAUCAUCUAAUACAAGAAGUUAUGCAAGCAUGCGUGAUAAUAGAGCGGCUGUUGGUAGUGUUCCGUAUUAUGGAAAAAUUGUGUGCAUAAUUGAAUUGAAUUAUAGCUAUCAUUUCACAGUGGUAUUAUUUAAAUGUGUUUGGGCUGAUACCACUACCAGUAGAGGCAUCAAACAAGACCAUUUAGGGCUUACCAGCAUUAUUUUUUCUCAUCCAAUACACACUGAUGAUCGAGAAGAAGAUGAACCGUACAUAUUGGCAUUAGAAGCUCAGCUUGUAUUCUAUAUGGAUGAUGAAGUAGCUAAGGAAUGGAGUGUUGUGGUUCAUGUGAAACCACGAGAUUUGUAUGACAUGGGAGAAGAGAAUAAAGAAGCUGAAGUUUGUUUUUCUCCACAGCCAGAGUUGAACAUGUCAGCGGAAGGUGACAUUGGAGAUUUACUGUUGACAAGGGAGGAUGAUAUAGAAAACCCCACAGAAGAUGCUUCAGAGAAUUUCGAUGAUGUCGCGUAA